UGUUGCACACUUGCGCACUGCGCGUAAAGGACACACACGUACCCAAACCCUCGCCGUGACUCGUUUCGCUCCUAGCAAGGGAAGAAACUUUUGUUUUGUCAAUGAAGUGGACUUUUAUACGCGCACUUCCCUUCGUUUCAACACCUACGGCUUGUCUUUGUACAGCGGUGACGGUAGAAUAUGUGUAAGAAGAGGCGGGCGUUCCUGUGGAAGUCUCCCACUGUUUUCUGCAGAUAAACAGCUUUUGGUGAUCUGUAAGAUGGAGCUGAGUGAAACGGGGAAUUAUAAAAGAGGAGCAGCGUUAUGUGAAGACCCCUCCAGAAUGAGUUGAUCAUCUCACGUGCCAUGAACAAAAAAUCAUCUGCGCUUUGGAGUUCAAACUGGACUUUAUUUGAAGGUCCUGCACUUGUACACCUACGAAGAAGUUCGCGAAUGCACUCGAUCAUCCUUCUUAUUUAAGAGAUUUUGCAUUUAAGUUCGAAUGCCCGCGAGUUUUGUACUUUUGUUAACAGUUGUGUUCUUUUAAGAGCGCAAAUCCACUAUUAUGACAGGCUUUGGCUCAUGGACCUUCUCCUAUCCAGAUGGAUCUAGCGCAGGUCUGCGUUCCUCCUUAAAGCGGCUUUUAAGGUGGCUUUGAUGCACGAAGGAUCCUCCAAACUCUCGCAAUGGCUCGAUCAAACACGGAAUAUGGUCACAUCUCCUGGCCCGAGCCCAUCUGAUCUCGUUCGUCACUGAUCUGUCAGGUUUAGCGCGAUCAUGGUCUCCCCCGGCUGCGCUCUGAUGGUUCUGAUGGUCACUCAGGUGUUCUUCGGAGGCUCCAGUGGACUCGUACCCCAGAUCGGCCGGUCCUCUCUGUCUCAGGAUGUCCUACACGCGUUUGAACUUCGACUCCUGAGCAUGUUUGGACUCAAACAGAGACCGAGUCCCAGCAGGUCUGCGGUGGUUCCGCAAUACAUGAUGGACUUGUACUCGAUGCACUCGGUGAACGCGGAGCAGAACAACAGCAACAGACCCAAGGGAUCCUUAGGGAAAGGCUCGGAAAGAUCCGCCAGCCGCGCGAAUACUAUCAGGAGCUUCCACCAUGAUGAAUCCAUGGAGGACCUGUCCAGUUUGAGCGGAAAGACGACUCAGCGUUUCCUCUUCAACCUGACCUCCAUCCCGGGCGAGGAGUUUGUGACGUCAGCGGAGCUGCGGAUUUUCCGAGAGCAGGUCGUGAGCAACGGAAGCGAGGGAUUUCACCGCAUUAACAUUCACGAGAUCAUCAAACCAUCCGGUUCCUUUCAGGAACCGAUCACCAGACUCCUGGACACCAGGCUGGUUCAGCACAGCUUGAGCAAAUGGGAGAGUUUCGACGUGAGCCCCGCCGUCACGAGGUGGACCGCGGACGGGCACCCCAACCACGGCUUGGUGGUGGAAAUAGUUCACCCGGACCGCGCGGAAGAGGACUCCAAAAGACACGUUCGCGUCAGUAGGUCCCUACAUGACAGAGAGGACACGUGGCCCCAAAUGAGGCCGCUGUUGGUGACCUACAGCCACGACGGGAAGGGAAACGUGCUGCACUCUCGCGAGAAGAGGCAGGUGCGGACAAACAAACAGCGGAAGAAGCAAAAAGCCAACUGUAGGAGACAUUCCCUCUAUGUGGACUUCAGCGACGUGGGGUGGAACGACUGGAUAGUCGCCCCGCCGGGCUACCAUGCCUUUUACUGCCAGGGCGAGUGCCCGUUUCCACUGGCGGACCACCUGAACUCCACCAACCACGCUAUUGUGCAGACACUGGUGAACUCCGUGAACAGCAACAUUCCCCGGGCCUGCUGCGUUCCCACGGACUUGAGCCCGGUUUCUCUGCUCUAUCUGGACGAAUACGAGCGGGUGAUCUUAAAAAACUACCAGGACAUGGUCGUGGAGGGCUGCGGAUGCCGCUGACGCCCGGACGCCUACAGACACUUUAUUUUUCCCAAUACUAAACUUUAUUUAUAAUAAAGUAAACACAUAUUUUGGAGAAGUAUAUAAAGAUAUAUUUAUGUUCACUAUUGGGAAAAUAAAUAUUUUAAUCAGAGUUAAACGAACAUUUUCUGAUGUACAUUUCGCGUAUGAAGUAUUCGUAUUUUGUAUUUAUUUCUACCGCAGUCAUUCUUAUUGAAUAGUUGGUGACACUUUACAAUCCCAUUACGCUCUUAAAAAUAAAGGUUCCAAAAGCGGUUUCUGCAGUGAUGCCACUGAACAACCAUUUUUGGUUCCCCAAAGAACCUUUCAGUGAACGGUUCUUAAAAGAACCAGUUUGAAGAACAUUUUAAAAAUCGAAAGAAACUUUUUCUGCAUUUGAAAAGUUCCAUGGAUGUCGGAGGUUCUUCAUGGAACCAUCAAUGCCAAUAAAGAACCUUUAUUUUAAAGAGUGCAGUUAACAUUAGCCAAUGCAUAACUAACAAUGCAAAGCAAUACGUUCGUUCACCGUUAAUAAAAAUACUGUUCAUGUUAGCUUAGGUCCAUUAAAUAAUGGUAACAUAGAACUUUAUUUUAAUAAUGCAUUAGUAAAUAUUAUAAGAUUAAUAAAUGACGAAUCAAAAAGUUUUGCAUUGUUAGUUCAUAUUAACAAAUGUGACACUGGACCACAAAAACCAGUCAUAAGGGUCAGUAUUUUGAAACUGAUAUUUAUACAUCAUCUAAAAGCGGAAUAAAGAAGCUUUCCAUUGAUGUAUGGAUUGUCAGGAUGGGACAAUGUUUGUUCGAGAUGCAACUAUUUCAAAAUCUGGAAUCUGAGGGUGCAAAAAAAUCACCUUUAAAGUUGUCAAAAUGUUGUUAGCAAUGCAUUUUACUAAUCAAAAAUUAAAUUUUGAUAUAUUUACAGUAGGAAAUUUACAAAAUAUCUUAAUGGAACAUGAUCUUUACUUAAUAUCCUAAUGAUUUUUGGCAUAAAAGAAACCCAUAUAAUGUAUAUUUGGCUAUUGCUACAAAUAUACCUGUGCUACUUAAGACUGGUUUUGUGGUCCACGGUUACAGAUGGAACUUUAUUGUAAAGUGUUGCCACAUUUUUAAUGCAUAAACAAAGAAAAUAGCUUCUUCAUGGAAAAAUCUUUAUUUAUGCAAUGCAAAAUGCAAAAGGUACUGGCCUUGGUGGAAAAGCAUUAAUUCAGUAAUGCAUUAAAUGCAUUAAAAUAUAUUGCAAAGCACUUACCACUGAAAAUGCAUUGGCCAAAUUGAACCAAAUUCCAUCAAUUGAUCUGUAAUUCGCAGUGCAGUCGGAGCCAGUGUUUUAGAGAUGCGGCAGUAAACGUGAAUGCACUUAUUUCAGACCAAUGUGACAGGUAGUUGACACUGAAUGCUCAGGAAAUUAGCCGGUGUGAGUUUAGUCCCACAGUAUGAGCUCUUGAAAUCGACCUAUUGCCUGGAGACAAUGACUAUUGUGUUUCUUCACACGGGUCCUUAUGCGCUGGUUGCGUAAAGGUGGCUUCCUCCAGCUUUAUAUUGAAGUCUCGCUAAUUAAGAGCCAUUCACUACAUGGUGCUCUAAAGUCAAAGCUGGGAAGUGUUUAAUUAGAGGGAUGUUGUUUAAAACGUGAGGAUUGCCAUGUAAUUAAGUUGCUCAAAAUAAAGAGUGCAGCAUGCAAAAUGUAUACGCUGACAGAAACAAAUAUAGCAUGACGUUCUUUUAAAGCUUAGGACGUCGAAGGUCAGAAACAAACGCAGUUUGAACCAUAAACAUGCUAGAGCUGCAAGCUCUAGGCUCCGGUUCAAAAUCAGAUGCAUUUCUGCAAACGUGACUAGAUAUGACUCUUAUCUAGAUUUUUAUAUGCAAUUUUAAAACUGAAGGAUAUUCAGAUUACGUGCCCUUUAGCAACGUCUACUUAUCCCUUGUGAAUCAUUCUCCACGUCGGCCAUAGAAAAUACAGUCUGUGAAGAAGCAGAGCUUUUAUUGGGUUGUCUUGAGGUUAAACAUACGUCAAAGGAAUCACAACUUGACUUUCUUAUGGAUCAUAAAGCAAGACUGUGGGAAGUACGGCUUUCCUCUCACAGGCAGGUUUCUCUGAAAUGUAACGUGUUACGCACCGCUGGUAAAAAUGCCUUGAUGUCGAACUAUUUGAAAAUGGACAGUUUGAGUUCAUUAAGGGGUCGGUAACAGUAUGGCGCUGGGCUAUAGGGCAUAUGGACGCUUCAAAUGAGCAUGUAUGGUUUACAGAUGUUGGGAAGACACACCCUACCUAUCAAGAUGGUUACUGAGAGCAAUAUGCGCAUGCAGCGCUUCAGCUGCGCAGAUAAAACAAUGAAAACGUGCACGCGGAGGGUUUGAUUCUCAUGACAACGCGCAGAUGUUAUGAUGCACCGGAUUCCUGCGGCAUUCCUGAGAUAAGGUGGCCAACACAAUCGUCUUUAUGAUUCAUAAUUAGUGUCGAGAUUGCUUUAAUGACCGAGAUAAGAGCACGGAACGCAGAGAAUCGUCAUCUCUGAUGGCAGGAAUGGUGAUCAGCUGCUUCACAUGUGAUUCAGAGCCAAGUGCGUGGAGAAAUUUUACGUUGGCGUGUGCCAUGCCACAUUUUGACCUCGAUCUGAUGGGAAAAUGAUAAUGGUUUAUAAAGAAGCUUACAUAAACAGACAUUGACUUCUGGAUAGUAAUCAUACGUGGCUUUCAAAACAAGUUCUUACUGCUUGUCAUCAAACACUUCACUUGAAGCCUUCAUUUAUAAUGCACUAGAAAAAGUAUUUUUUUAAUGCAUUAAUUAUGACUUGUAAUGCAUCUUAUAAUAUAGUAAUAAUGUAUAUUGUUGCACCUUUAGAAAGUAUAACUGCAUAUAUUAUGCAUUUUAAAUUGGGUUACAAUUAUUUCUGAAAAUCUGAGUUUAUUUGCAAUUUGUUUAUCAUGUUUUUUAUUGUGUUAGUUAGUUGUUGUUUUUUUAGUUGUUUUUACUUAAUCAAAAUAACCCAACUGCAGUUUGAUUGAGAUUAAUUGAAAUCCACAAUGAAAAAACAUGAUUUUUAUCUGUUUUUGCAAAUAAACUCUUCAUAGUGCACAUUAUGAAUACUUUUCUAAUGCAUUAUACAUAAAGACUUCAAUUACAGUGUUACCAGAAUGAUUUGUGAUGAUUUUAUAAUACAUGUUCUUACUGCUUGCCAUCAAACUUUUCAGUAACAAGCCCUUAUAUAUGCAUAUAAUGCAUUAUAAAAGUAUUUUUAAUGCAUAAACCGUGCAUUGCAAUGCACCUCAUUGUAACCACAGUUAUAAUACAUAAAAUACUUUAUCUAAUCACUGUUACAGCUUUAGAAAGUGCAAUGCAUUAAAACAAAACAAACAUUUCUGAUGUAAAAAGGAA